AUGGCGCCCUCCCUCUUCUCGAGUCUGCUACGACCAUCGACCCUCCCCAACGACACCGCCAGCUUCAUCUGCCAGGCCUGCCGCCGCAAUGCCUCCUCGUUCCGCCGCACGCGCAAAGCGCUCAGGGUGAAGCCCGAUCCCUCCUUCGCACCCUCCAAAACCGAACCCACCGACCACAUCAUCUUCAAUCCGCCGUCCAGCGCGCCAAACGUCUACCAUACACCCUCCAAAUUUCUCCCUGCAUCAGAUCCAAGGAGAAAACUGCACACGCUAGCCCCCUCAUCAACCACCACACCCCCUUCCACCCCCUCCACCUCCUCACCCAACGAAGCCUCCGCAUCCGCAAGCAGACUCCGCUCCAUACGCCCGCAAUACGAGAAAAAGUACCACCUCGGCCGCGAACAAAUCGACGAGAUCCGGCGCCUGCGCGAGGAAGACCCAAGACAAUGGACGCGGGUGCGAUUGGCGGAGAAGUUUGAGUGCUCGCAGUUUUUUGUGAGUCUGUGCUGCUCGGCGCCGGCGGUGAAGAAGGAGCAGGAUAGGCAGUUGGAGGCGAUCAAGAGAAGAUGGGGGAGGAGGAAGACGGAGGCGAGGGAGGAGAGGAAGGCUAGGAAGGCGCUUUGGGGGAGGGAUGCUUGA